GGGUUGAUUGCCAUUCCUAAAUAUACUGGAUCUGGAAUUCUGGAUUGAUCGAAGAAAACCCAUAUGAUUUCCCUAACAGCCCAGCCCACUUAUCAGCGUACGCAUCCUCCCCCGAUUCCUCAAUCUUCACAAAAAAAAAAAAAUCAGAGCUCUCGCCAUCUCCACCCCUGUAUUCUCCAUAACACCGCUCACUCCUCUUGACAAGCUAGUGAUUAUCUGCGUCUACGUUCCAGAUUAGGCAGUCAUUAUCGUUUGUGCUCCAUCAACAUCACCUUACAAGUUUUGUCUUGUCUCCAGGAAUUUCAACCCUCCCUCAUGGGGCGUAAUUCCUCUGAUCAUUCAGAAUCUCCUGUUAGGAAUCACAGGUCUUCUCAUAGGAGCCCUUCAAGGAGAGAAAGAUCAGGAAGAUCACCAGGUAGAGAUAGGGCUUCAAGACACCACCCAAAUCCUCCUCCUACUCAUUCACCAUCGAGAGAGAAACCUUCAAGCCACACAAGAUCCUCAAAGCAGACACCUGCAUCUCCUGUAAGAGCAAACUCAAGAUCACCAUCACCAAGGAGUAAAAGGUUAAGAAGAGAUCGAUCUAACAAUAAGGAUGAUAAACCAAGUGAAAGAGGACAUGGUAAAACCAGGUCACCUGCAUCACAUGAAUCUCGAUCACCAUCACCACGAACCAGAAGGUUGAGAAGAGCCCAAGCUGAUAAAACUGAUGAAAUGAAAGGCAGAGGACAUGUUAGUGGAAGUGACAAGGUUACACAUAAAGAGAGGGAUUCAGAUGGCAAUGGAAACGGAUCCUCCAAAUCCAGACAUGGGGGAGAAGGUCACAGGAGUAGACACAAAUCUGAUUCGCCUCCUAGAGGAGCACGUGAUGAGGGAAAUAACUCAAGAGGUGAUGAUCAUCAGAAUGGCAAUGAUGAUGAUUCAGUAGCACAAAUGAAGGCUGCUGAAGAGGCACUUGCAACUAAGGAAAAGCAAAAGCCUUCUUUUGAGUUGUCUGGAAAACUUGCAGCUGAGACAAAUCGAGUCAAGGGUGUGACACUGUUGUUUACUGAGCCACCAGAUGCAAGGAAACCAGAAAUAAGAUGGAGGCUUUAUGUUUUCAAGGGUGGUGAAGUGCUUAAUGAGCCUUUGUAUGUGCAUCGUCAAACCUGCUAUCUAUUUGGGAGAGAAAGAAGGGUAGCAGACAUCCCUACAGACCAUCCAUCAUGCAGCAAACAGCAUGCUGUCCUUCAGUAUCGGCAAGUUGAGGUGGAGCAACCUGAUGGCAUGCUAGCCAUGAAAAUAAGGCCUUACAUAAUGGACUUGGGGAGCACGAAUGGGACUUUCAUAAAUGAUAAUCGUAUUGAAGCUGAACGAUAUUAUGAACUCAUGGAAAAAGACACCAUUAAGUUUGGGAAUAGCAGCCGAGAGUAUGUACUUUUGCAUGAGAAUUCCGCGUAGAAGAUUUUCUUGGGUUCUACAACUGGAGUAUUUUCUAAGAUUUUAGGCAAAUAUUGUUAUAUUGUUAAUGCUUUUGUUAUUAGUUUGUGAUGUUUGAUUGAUUUAACAAGAAAACCGGUGUUAAGAGGUAAAUUACAAAAGUUAGUCUCCUCAAGUCAAACUAUAUCUAUCAUCAAUUCAACA